AUGUCCCCGUGUCCCUGGAAGCUGCAGACGCUGGACGUGCUGCUGCGGCGCCUGAAGGCCGGGGCCCACCGCGUCCUCAUCUUCACCCAGAUGACGCGGAUGCUCGACGUCCUCGAGCGCUUCCUCACCUACCACGGCCACAUCUACCUGCGCCUGGACGGCAGCACCCGCGUGGAGCAGCGCCAGUGGGGGGUCACCCCGCUCCUCCCCUGUGGUGGUGUCCCCCCGGGUGACGCCGGUGUCCCCCCCGUGUCCCCCCCCCCAGGGAAGCUGCAGACGCUGGACGUGCUGCUGCGGCGCCUGAAGGCCGGGGCCCACCGCGUCCUCAUCUUCACCCAGAUGACGCGGAUGCUCGACGUCCUCGAGCGCUUCCUCACCUACCACGGCCACAUCUACCUGCGCCUGGACGGCAGCACCCGCGUGGAGCAGCGCCAGGCCCUGAUGGAACGUUUCAACGCCGACAAGCGCAUCUUCUGCUUCAUCCUCUCCACCCGCAGCGGUGGGGUUGGGGUCAACCUGGCGGGGGCCGACACCGUCAUCUUCUACGACAGCGACUGGAACCCCACCAUGGACGCCCAAGCCCAGGACAGAUGUCACCGCAUUGGCCAGACCCGUGACGUCCACAUCUACCGGCUCAUUAGCGAGAGGACGGUGGAGGAGAACAUCCUCAAGAAGGCCAACCAGAAGAGGAUGCUGGGAGAUAUGGCCAUCGAGGGGGGAAACUUCACCACCGCCUACUUCAAGCAGCAAACCAUCCGGGAGCUCUUCGACAUGGCCCCUGAGGAACCGGGCCGUCGGGAGCCCGAGAGGGACAAGGAGAGGGACGGGGACGUCCCCAACGAGGAGGAUGAGGACCCAGUGGCCACCCGGCGCACCCACAUCCUGGAGCAGGCGCUGUGUGGGGCAGAGGACCCCGAGGACAUCCGGGCGGCCUCGCAGGCCCAGGCCGAGCGGGUGGCGGCCAUGGCCGAGUUCAGCGAGAGCCUCAGCCCUGAGGAGGAGCGAGGUGGCCCCGAGCCGGAGGAAGAGCUCUCCAAGGCCGAGCAGGAGAUCGCUGCCCUGGUUGAGCAGGUGGGGACCCAGGCGCUGUGUGGGGCAGAGGACCCCGAGGACAUCCGGGCGGCCUCGCAGGCCCAGGCCGAGCGGGUGGCGGCCAUGGCCGAGUUCAGCGAGAGCCUCAGCCCUGAGGAGGAGCGAGGUGGCCCCGAGCCGGAGGAAGAGCUCUCCAAGGCCGAGCAGGAGAUCGCUGCCCUGGUUGAGCAGUUGACCCCCAUCGAACGCUACGCCAUGAACUUCCUGGAGGCCUCGCUGGAGGACAUCAGCCGGGAGGAGCUGAAGCAGGCAGAGGUGUGGGGCGGAGGACGCUAUGGGGUGGGGGGCACCCCUCAGGGUGGGCGGCCAGAUUUGGCAGGGGGUAGCGGGGGGCACAAGAUGGCCGGCAAACAGCUGAGGGGGGCGUCCACAAAAUGGCUGACGGCGGGGUGA